UGCCAUCUACACCUGUGGACCGAACAUUACCUGACGCCAUUACUUCGGUAGCAUAUAUACAAAUUUUCCACUCUUUUGGACACUUUGAAAUCAUGUCAGCAGCAGGUGAAAGUCUACCCCCGAAGCCGGAUUAUACCAGUCCACCUUCGUUUGAUCCAUUAUUUGGAUUUCCCAAAGGACGUAAAGAAAGAGUGAUGAUUGCUACUAAGGAACAGAUGGAUGCUGCUAGAGUCCCAAUGAAAUACAGAGACUACUGUGCUCACAAAUGGAUUAAUGUAGCUCAAUGCAGAGUAGAAAAUGGAUUUCUGCAAUGUACGCAAGCGGAAAAUGAUUAUAUAAAAUGCCAGUAUGAGGACAUGAUGAUCAGAUUCAAAGAGUAUGAGAGGGAAAAAAGAUUAUUGGCCCGUGAGCACCGCCUUAAGUUGAAAGCAGCACAGGAAGAACAGUUGGAGUGAAGAAAAAGUUGUUUUGAAAAUUUUGAAACUGCAUUCGUCAUUGUAUAUGAAUUAUUAGCACAGGUAAAAGUGAACAGAAGGUACACUGAGAAUAAAAAAUAUAAACCUCAGAUAUAACGGGAAAGCACUUCAGGGUGCAGGGAGCUUCUUUUUUUUUUUCAAUGGAACAAGUUUUGUAAUCAGUGUGUUGAGUUAAUGACCUUUUCAAAAGCAUGAGUUGUGAAAAUAACAUUGACAUUGAGACCACUUGAAUUCAAAAUGUGAUCUGGAAAAUUAAUUUGAAUUUAGUGUUUUGAAUGAAGUUGAAGUCGGAAAAGUUUCAAAAAUGCUAUCAAAAUCGUUUUACAUCAGCUCUACCUCUCCCUGUGCCUCUAAGUUUGCUUAAUAGGCAAUGUGAACAAGGUGUGUUCUGACAUUUGACCUGAGUGUGGACCUCUGGAUUGCUGAAACAGUGUGACACUUGUGUGGGAGAGGCGAUAUAAACACUUCAAGGAAACAGAAGUGGACAUACCAAGUAUUUGCUGUUGACUGUGGGAUUUAUUUGUGUGCAUUUUAAUUUGAAAAUAAACACACGUAAUACAGUUAAUUGUUUCAUGAAAUCUAUAAAAAUGUUUUAUUGUUUCUUUGUUUUUCAUUUGUGUAAGGGAUUCCUGGGAUUUCACAUUUGAAGUAUAGUCAACACACAA